AUGCUAGGAGACAAGGCGCCGCUGCCGCCUCAAAUUAACAACUUUAACCUGCCGACAAAUCUGGAGCCGUCCUUGCACCUCACCACACCGGUCCCUUUACACCCCCCCCACACUCUCAUACACACCCAGGCCGCCCCCAAAAAGAAGAAGAAGGCCGCCGCCGCGCCGCUGCCGCCCGACAAGGCGGCAGCCCUGGAGCUGGUCAAAGGGCUGUACAUGCGCUGGCAGGCGCCCGUUGAGACGCUGGGCCGCGCGGGGCGCGCGUUCGACGGCCUAGAGGCUCUGCUGGGCGGGGCGGGGUUCGAGCUGGAGGGGAGCAUCUGGAAGCGCCAGGGCUGGAACCAACUGGACGAGCUGCGGAAGAAACUGGAGGACCUCAAAGAGCUCCGCGACCUGGUCAGGUCCCUUGGCCGCGGCGGCGGCUGGGGCCCCCUCCGCCGCGCCCCCGUCCAGCGCCUGGACAUGGGCGGCCGCCCCGGCCUGCUGCGCACGGUCCUGGAAGCCCAGGAGACGCGCGGCCUCACCCGCAGCGGCGACAUCAGCCGGCUGCUGCCUGCAGAGGCGGCGGUGCUCGCGCGCGGGCGGCGCGUGCGGCAGGCCAAGCUGCUGUUUUACGCGCGGCUGGCCGAGAAGGGGCUGCAGACCUACGAGCGCGACGGCUGGGGGGAGUUUCCCACGCAGAUCAACCCCGACAGGCGCGAGAUCCGUCCCACCGCGGACCGCGGGCCGAUCCUGCUGUGCGUCGACACGAGCGGCAGCAUGCGCGGCGCGCGCGAGACGGUGGCCAAGGCGCUCGCGCUGGAGUGCAUGAGGGCGGCGCGGGAGCAGGAGCGCGACUGCUACGUCUUCGCUUUCUCGGGGCCGCAGGAGGUGCGUGAGCUGGAGCUCAAUGCUGAUAUGCGCAGCGUGAACAACCUGCUGGACUUCCUGGAGAAGGUGUUCAAUGGCGGCAGUGACUUCAACGAGCCGGUGACGCGCUGCCUCAACCGCCUCACUGACGCGAAAUGGGCCAACAGCGACAUCCUGCUGGUGUCGGACGGCGAGCUGCGCCAGCCUGGCCCUGAGAUUAUGAGGAAGCUGUCCGGCGCCAAGGAGAAGCUGUCCCUGCGUGUCCACGGCCUCGUCAUCGGCAGCCCCGAGAAGCAGCGCGCAGACCCCGCCGUGCUGCGCGCGCUGUGCACCAACUACCUGCCCAACGGCAAGGUGGAGACGCUCGUGUCAGAGUUUGCAAACUGGGCGUCGGUCCAGGCUGACACCAGCAUGCAGUAUGAUUGGGACGAUGUGGAGGGCAACACACGCCGCCGCCUCGCCGGCCUCGCGCGAGAGAAGGCGCGCCAGGCGGAGAUGCGGCGCCUGCGCACCGCAGAGCGCCGCGGGGGCGGCGGGCCCGACCAGUCGGCGAAGCUAAUGGAGGGCGUCAUGUCCACUGCGGUCAACAGGGGCAAGAAGCACUGA